GGUUUCAUGUUUCAAGCCGCUUCCCGCGCCAUGUCCGAGGUUUUCGAACCGCCAUUCCGUGCAAUCUUCUGGAAAAUGCUGGGGUUCACGCUCGGGAUCCUGAUUGUGAUCUGGAUCGCACUGCAGGGAAUCGUCGGGCAUUUCCUGGGUGUUGCUGCAAACGAGUGGGGGGACGGCAGCGCAUGGAUCAGCUGGACGGAAUGGUCGAUUUCCAUCCUGACCGGUAUCGGUGCUGUCUUUGUACUCGGUUUUCUGAUCGCGCCGAUCUCGGCACUGCUGGCAGGCCUCUUUCAGGACGACAUUGCCGACAUUGUCGACGUGAAGGAUUAUCCCGGGGAUCGUCCCGGCAAUGCCCUGCCUCUCUCCAAAUCCCUGGUGCAGACAAUCAAGUUCACCGGCGUUGUCAUUCUCGGCAACCUGUUCGCGCUGCUGUUGCUCUUGGUGCCGGGUAUCAAUCUCGUCGCGUUUUUCGUGGUCAACGGUUACCUUCUCGGUCGUGAAUUCUUCGAGUUCGCGGCCAUGCGGUACAUGCCUCCAGCCGAAGCAAGAGCUUUCCGAAAGGCGCGUGGAGGGACGGUUUUCCUCGGCGGCCUUGUCAUUGCCUGUCUUCUGGCGGUGCCGAUCCUGAACCUUGUCACGCCGAUAUUCGCGACCAUUUUCAUGCUGCAUCUUUACAAGAAACUUGCAUCCGGCGCAGCUAUCUGA